UAUUAAGAAGGUCCAUUUUUUAAUCUGCUUGAGAAUGGAUAAUGUAAUUGGUGGUAAGUUCAAGCUUGGAAGAAAGAUUGGCAGUGGCUCUUUUGGAGAGCUUUAUUUAGGGGUGAAUGUUCAAACUGGAGAGGAAGUUGCUGUCAAACUGGAAUCUGCAAAGACCAAGCAUCCACAGCUUUAUUAUGAGUCAAAAUUGUAUAUGCUUCUUCAAUGAGGAAAGGGUAUUCCCCACCUUAAGUGGUUUGGAGUUGAGACGGAUUACAAUGUCAUGGUAAUUGACCUUCUUGGACCUAGUUUGGAGGAUCUAUUCAAUCACUGCAACAGGAAACUUUCCUUGAAAACAUUGUUGAUGCUUGCUGAUCAAAUGAUUAAUAGAGUAGAAUAUAUGCAUUCAAGAGGCUUUCUUCAUCGUGAUAUAAAAUCUGACAACUUCUUGAUGGGCUUAGGACGCACAGCACACCAGGUAUAUAUCAUUGACUAUGGUCUUGCAAAGAAGUAUAGGGAUCUUCAGACCCAUAAGCACAUCCCAUACAGAGAGAAUAAGAACCUAACUGGCACAGCUCGUUAUGCAAGUGUGAACACUCACCUUGGAAUUGAGCAAAGUCGAAGAGAUGAUUUGGAAUCCCUUGGUUAUGUGCUUAUGUAUUUCCUGAGAGGAAGCCUUCCCUGGCAGGGCCUAAAAGCUGGUACCAAAAAGCAAAAAUAUGAUAAGAUAAGUGAAAAGAAGGUAUCCACUCCUGUAGAGGUGCUUUGUAAGUCGUAUCCAUCUGAGUUUGUGUCUUAUUUUCACUACUGCCAAUCUUUGCGGUUUGAAGAUAAACCAGAUUAUUCAUAUUUGAAGAGGCUUUUCCAGGACUUGUUUAUAAGAGAAGGUUACCAGUUUGAUCAUGUCUUUGACUGGACCAUGCUGAAGUACCCAAAGAUUGGUGGCAGCUCGAGAGGGCGGCAUUCCAGUGGAAGGGCAGGUUUAACUGCAGGUCCAACCAUUGAAAAACCAGAAAGAAUCUCAGUGGGGCGAGAGAUUCGAGAUAGAUUCUCCGGUGCCGUUGAAGCAUUUUCCAAAAGAAAUAUUUCAAGUAAUAGUACUCAUCUUGAUCAUUCUAGACGCAAGACUGUAGAUGAUGUCACUUUGCCGAAGCAUGCGCUCCCUGCGUCAGAAAAAAGGCAUAGUUCCUCUCGAUAUGGUAGCACUUCAAGAAUAGCUGUCAUAGCAAGCAGGCCCAGUUCGUCUGUUGAAGCCAAUGAUGUUAUACAAAACCGCCUAGCAUCGAGUAGUGGCCGCAUGUCUACCACACAAAGAAACCAACUUGCCUUUGAAUCCAAAACAUCUAAUCGUGCCACCCCUGUUCGAAGAAGCCAUGAUCAUCCUCUUCGAAGUUUUGAGCUCCUCUCCAUCAGAAAGUAAUAGGGUUGUAUUCGAAUCAUCAGCCAAUGUUUUCUAAGAACUCAUAAUGUCACUAUGUAUAUGGGAUAUUUCACCGGUUCA